AGUAAAACGGCGUAGCGCUAGUUGUGCUGUGUUCGGUACGUCGAGGGGAUACCGGGACAGCAACAAUACCGGUAAUUGCAUGCGAGCAUAGCGGCUUUGUAAAAUGGCCGGAGCUGGAGGUGCGGGAGGAGUUCCAACGUGGGUGGUGCUAUGCGCGCUGGUUGUGGUGCAGGUCGGGUUCGGUGCCUACGGGAUCGUGGUGACCAAAUUUGCACAGAAGAACAAGGCCAACCCGCUGGUAUUCUCUUUGUUUAGGGAUCUGUGCUGCUUUCCGGUGCUGAUGCUGGCGGCGUUCGUUGCUGAGAAGAAAAUCAUGCUGCCAACCCUGCGUGAAUUUCCCAUCUUCAUCCUGCUGGGGUUUCUGGGUAUGUUCUGCAAUCAGCUACUGUACAUAUUGGGCGUGUACUGGGCAGGGCCGGACAUAGCGUCGGCAUUCCAGCCGGCCAUCCCGGUGUGGGCCGCGUUCUUCGCCAUCCUGUUCCGCGUGGAGAAGCUGCCGUCUCUGCGCAAGCUCUACACCUGGGCCAAGCUGCUGGGCAUCCUGUGUGCGGCUGCGGGUGCCAUUGGCAUGACCGUCUUCAAGCCGGUAGGCUCGUCGUCGUCAUCGUCAGGCAACACCACUGAAAGUCCGGACACAGUCACGACUGCGUGUGCUCAGGAUGCGACAAAGCACAACUCGCACGACACAGUCAUCGGCUGUAUUAUGCUGCUCGGCAACACGGUGGCGAUGUCGUUCUACGUCCUCGCCCAGAAGAAGCUGAUAUUCAUGAAGACGGAGCAGCGCUUCUCCGACAUGCCCGUGAACGUGACCGCCUGGUGCUACUUCUUCGGCGCCGUGUUUAUGGCGCUUGCCUCGCCACUGGCCAAGACAGUCCAACAGCCGGUGUGCGGUGUCAAGUCGGACCCCUGGCAUAUCCCACUGGAGGUCACGUACCCCAUCGAGUACGCCAUCUUCAUAGCCUCGGCGCUCUGCUACCUUCUCAUCACGUGGAGCACUAUGCAGAUAUCUGCCACGCUCGUCACAGCGUUCUGGCCUCUGCAGGUACCUGUUGCGAUUGUAAUGGCGUAUUUUGUGUUGGAGGACCGACUGAACUGGCAGCAAUACGUGUUCUGUGGACUCAUCAUCCUCGGUCUGCUGUUCGUCGUCCUCGCUAACCGUGUGCAAGAAAAAAGCGGCCAGACGAAGUACGUCCAACUCGUGCAGGGCAAUGUGCAAGCACCGGUUGAUGAUUCCGCCGAUCAAUGAUGGCUCACCGAAAGCUUGACACAGCAUUCAACCCGCUACUCGUCCAAUAUCAUCUUUGUUACAAGUAAAUGACAGGACCGGGUUAGAAGGGAAGGUAUGCGCGUGUCUCUCUCACCAACCUCAUGCAGGACUGCUGACAGCAAUGAGCCUGUCAUUAUAUGUGUAUUGUCCUUGGCAGUGACCAAUUGAUCUACUUCCUUUAAAACAGUGUUGGGAGUAAUCACCUACCUUUUUAAGACCUCUAAUAUCUUUAUUCGAUGAUUCAAGUACUUUGAGAGAUUCACGUUUGAAGAGAGGGCUGGGGUCUUGUGCUGGCACAAGCUUCCUCUUUGUUUAUGGACAUUUUUAUUCUAUUUUUGUAUGGCUAUUAUGGAAUUGAGCAAGAAAUGCAGCACUGGGGAGAACAAAUUUAAUACAUGUAAUGUGUUGAUAUGUCGCAAACUUUCACCCUUAGUGAACGGCCGACAUUCUCAAGCACUUAAAUAUGCGGCUUGAAAGGGUUAAUAGCAGCACUUUUUUUCUUUUUCUUUUAAAUUCUAUGUACGUCCAUACGAUGCAUAUGCGUAUGGUGUGCAGCACUAUAUUGUUAGGAUCACACAGACUUCGUAUUAGCGAUAAUAAUUACAACAAGAAGAGAUUAUGAUAAGAAGGGAACGAAAACGUUCAAUGCAGAUAA